AUGCACCCCGCUUUCCCCCCUCCAUCCCUCUAUCCCCCUGCCGCCCUGCAAUGCCUCCGCUUCACAGGUGGGCAUUCCCUUCCCUCCCCUCCGCCUGCUUGUCCCCGGCUCCUACCCACACUGCUCGCCCCAGCCAUGGCCCUUCCAAGCCCACCCGCACGCCAGGUGUCUCAAAUCAAUUCAAACAUUGAUCAACACACUUCAUCCCCACCUCUUAUCUCGGACCAUCCGAACCUCGCCCAUCCUCCAUCACUCCCAUCCCACUUCCAACCUCAUCCCCCCCUCGCCCCUUCCCCCUUCCCUAUCACUCACCAAGAGGAUGCUGUUUUCCUAGGAGCUGCGUGUUGGACCAUUCCAUGGGGGGGGAAUCAUCUAUCCCCCGUGGUUCAAGACGCCAUGGACCGUUUUACCAGAGCCAUGCGCGCUGCCAAGGGCCCUCUCACGCUCACAGCCAUGGCGAGGGCCUGGGACGAGCAUGCACGGGCGGCAGUCAUGCAUGUGCUUGCGGCUUCUGCUCCCCCGAAUGCGUGCUGGCAUGCUGUGGUUGGCCCGUGGCAUGAGUGUGCUGCUGACGUGGCACAUGGCUAG